AUGGAUAUUGAGAUAAAAGAAGAAUUGAAGCGUGCAAAAGAAAAAUUGGAGCAGGCAACAGAAGAAUUGGAUACAUUUAAGAAUAAAAAACAGGACAGGUUAGAUGAGUUGCUACUGAAGAUGGCUAAUGAAGAA